AUGCUGACACUCGCAGCUCUCCUGCGGCUUCUCACUGCGGCAGCAACCAUGUUGGUCGUCACGGCACAUCACGAUUACACCACGUCGGAGGCUGGCAACCCCUUCGUGGACGGAUGGUACGCCGAUCCAGACUGUCAAUUCUACCGAGGAGAAUACUGGGUCUAUCCGACUUCGUCCUACCCCUACGAGCAACAGACGUACCUCGACGCCUUCUCGAGCCCGGACUUGGUCAACUGGACAAAGCAUUCCAGAAUCCUCACCACCGCCGACGUCAAAUGGGCGCACAAGGCCAUGUGGGCCCCGUCUCCCAUAUCGCGCAACGGAAAGUAUUAUUUGUACUUUGGCGCCAACGACAUCCAGAGCAACGAUGAGCUUGGCGGCAUUGGCGUUGCCGUCGCGGACCGCCCAGGGGGGCCCUAUGUGGACGCUCUGGGCAAGCCCCUGAUUGACAAGUUCCAUAAUGGCGCCCAACCUAUUGACCAGAAUGUUUUUAUUGAUGACGACGGACAAGCCUAUAUAUACUAUGGGGGCUGGAGUCACUGCAAUGUCGCCAAACUGAACGAAGACAUGAUAUCCCUGGGGACUUUUGAUGACGGAACCGUAUACAAGGAGAUCACCCCAGCUCAGUAUGUGGAAGGCGCGCUCAUGAUGAAGCGAAAUGGGAGGUACUACUUCUUUUGGUCAGAAGGAGGCUGGACUGGACCUGAUUAUGCCGUUAGCUACGCCAUUGCUGAUAGUCCCCUGGGCCCUUUCAACCGCAUUGCCCGGAUCUUGCAGCAGGAUCCAGCAGUAGCCACCGGAUCAGGUCACAACGGCAUCAUAAAGGUCCCUGGCACUGAUAUACAUUAUAUUGUUUACCACCGACACCCCCUGGGCGAUCAAGACGGAAACCAUAGGCAGCUGGCAUAUGACCGAAUAUACUUCAACCCCGACGGCACUAUCCAGCCCAUCACAAUGCUUGUAAAGGACAACUUUGCUGAUGGAAACAUGAUCGGUUGGCAGACCUACGGUGGUAACUGGAACGUUCAGGAUGGUCAUCUUGUCUCUGGCGAUGGAGGGAAGGGGGAUAAAGCUGCGCUCAAUGUCAACUUUGGCGACCAGGUGCUAGAUGCAGACAUUACCCUGAUAAGCGGCGAAAAGGACGCCGGCCUCAUCUUCCGCGCAUCCCAACUCGGCCAAGGCGAGGAUCUUUACACUGGAUAUUACGCCGGGAUCAGCGCAUCUGGUUACAUCAUUCUAGGCCGUGCGGUUGUGCAAAAUGGGACGGGAACCUGGCACGAGCUGCAGAGAGUUAACCGGGUAGCCGUCGAGAAGAGCAGACGGUAUCAUCUUCGCAUCCGGGCCGUCGGGAACAAGAUUGAUGUGCUGUUGGAUGAUAUGACAACACCAAAGAUUACGCUUGAAGAUGGCAAGCGCAUCGGCGAGUCGGACGCACCCGCAAGCGGGACUGUAGGCGUCAGAGUGCAUACGGCGGUUGCGCAGUUUGACAAUAUCGCUGUGGCGAAGGCGUGA